CUGUCAUCUAUAACCUAUAAAAUAUGAAUGUGUAAAUAGUUCAAAUAAUAGUUAUGAAAACAUGACUUCGUCGGUGGAUGUUAAUGAUUCUAUGGAAAGUGCAAAUAUCAAAUUUGUUAAUUUGAUUGAACGAAUAUUAUCAUUAACACACACUAAACUUAGUAAUAAAUCAUUAAUUAAUUCGUGUCUCAAUGAUCUUAAUGAUAUUGAUUACAGGCACAUUAAUAUAACAAACAAUGAUGCUGUUCUAUUGUUGAUAAAUCAAUUAUGCACUAUCGUACCACCAACAGAAACACUUCUUGUUAAAGAUACUUGUCUAUUCUUAGCCAAUGUAAUAUUAAAUGAUCUUGUACUAAAAGGAAGAACCUUAGCUGCUUGCAUGAGAUGGAUCUUGAACGCAUUAAAAUUUUCUAAACCAUUCGCUUGGGUUUCUAUUCUUCACGCUUUAAAAAGUGUCUUAGUUAAUGGUAAUUUUGAUAAUAUCAAUCAAUAUCUUCAAUCCUUACUUGGAGAUAAGGGUUUGUUGAACAAAUACUUAGUACUAGAAAAUGAAGAAUUGACGGAUUUAAAUAUGCAAGCGAUAUGUUGUUUGGAAGGAAUUUUGAUAAAUAAGAAAAGUAAUUUAAAUAUAUCAGAAGAAUACAUAUGUAUCAUUAGGGAUGUUGUUUUGAAUAUGGUUUCAUUGUUACCAUGUUCAAAUCAUAAUACACAAUAUUAUAAUAAAAUUUUAUGUUCAUGUUUGAGAAUUUUACGUAUCGGAAUCAAAGAUAAAUUGAUAAAGAUUACACCAGAUCUUAUUGGACAAAUUUUAGGAAUAGUACAGGCUUUUCUGUUUUAUGGAAUUAAAGGUUAUUUACCUAUACAACCGCAACUUCUUCAUCCAGCAGCAAUGAAUCUUCCAGAACAUCCACACAUCGUACCAAAAUGCAAGAAUCAGAUAACAACCAAAACUAAAUCUAAGAAACAAAUGUCUAAAAAAUCUACACCAGAAGAUAAACGUAUUUCCUCAGAAAGUAAAAAAAUUUAUAAAUAUUCCAGCGAAUCUGAAAUAUCCGAUAGCGAAAACAAUGAUUCUGUUUUCGUGGAAUUUAAAAUCAGACUUGAAACUGUACGCUUAUUGCAUGCUCUUAUUGAAAACACGCAAGCUCGUGAAAUUUUUGGCUACUGGCCACAAAUAGUUGCUACCGGUUUGCGAAAAAAUGCCAGAGUAUUAACUAGGAGUAUUUUAAAAGAACCUAAUACAAAAGUAAGACAAAAUGUUUUAGGAGCACUUACUGAAUUAUUAAUCGGUGCUAGACCUUUCUUAAUACAUGCCGAAGAUGUUCAACCAACUUCGUUUAUAACUUUUUUCGGUACGGUUUAUCUAAUGGUCAAUGAAUUGCAUUUUACUUUAUCAUUAGCUUUAAAUACUGAAAAGAAUGCAGUUGUUUUGACACAUCUAUUAAAGUGCAUCACAGUGCUUAUCCAAGGUACGCCGUAUGCUAAAUUAAAACCCGGACUUCCAACUAAGUUAAUUCGCAACUGUAGAUCAUACAUAAAACAUAAAGAUCCUACUGUAAAGGUAGCAGCAUUUUCAGUUUUUGAAGCACUCGCUUGGAAUGAUCCUAUUACUCCAGAAAUAUUAGCAAUUCUAUCUAAACAAUCUAACGUCAAUCCUGAACCAGAAACAAAUGCAAGUUCAACUAAUGAUCUAACGGAUCAAGAAGAAGAAAUAGAUAUCGAAGAUUUAAAUGAUAGUAUAAUUGAAAGUACUGAUGAAGAUAAACAUUCUAAAGAAGAAGGCAUUAGUUCUUUACUUCAAGUAUGCUUGACUAAUAUAUCAAACAAGAAUACGGGUAUUCCUGUCCAACUUCAAUCUUUGAAAGUAGUUGCCGCAUUAGCGUUUAAUGCUAGCAAUCUUAUAUUUCCUUAUUUGGAAAGAGUUACCAAUACUUUAAUUUCUGUAUUAGGAGAUUCAGAAAUACAAAUAAUAUUACAUUCUUGUCGAGCACUUGAGUUAAUAGCUGAUUGUUUAGCGAAUACAGAUUCAAGUCAUAAUUCUUUAUUAUUUUGGAAUAUUGUAUUCGAACCUAUGACGUUAUUAGUUCAACAUGAAGAAACUAUAGUAAGAGAAGGUGCCUGUGACUGUUUAGGUGCUAUUGGUUCUAACGUGGUCACUCAAUUAACGCGUCAACAAAAAAUAUUACUUAUAACAAUAUUACUAGGAACAAUUCAUGAUGAAGAAAAUGCUGUUAGAGCAGCAGGUUUAAGAGCACUAGGAAUGUUAAUAGGACUUCCUCCUUUUGAAGAAGACACAGGAUUUUUAAUGGAUUUAGCUGAUGUCGCUUGCAUUGGUUUAAAUGAUCAAAAUCUUGGCGUACGCAUUAAAGCAUCAUGGGCAUUAGCUAAUUUAUGCGAUUGCAUUUCUAGAAGACAAUGUAACGAAGAUAUGGAGCCUAUUUUAUUCGACAUUUUAUUACCAAAAAUUUAUCAAGCGACCAUUACAGCUACUAAAGAUAGUGCUAAAGUUAAAUGCAAUGCUGUCAGAGCUUUAGGAAUUAUUUUGUAUAUUUGUCCGGAUAGAGAAAUAUUAAAAGAUACGUCUUCGGGAUUGGAAGCUUUAAUUAAUUGUGCUGUAUUAGGAAAUGAUAUGAAAGUCAGAUGGAACUCUUGCAGAGCAAUAGGAUUAGUUAUUUCCCAAAAUCCAGAUUAUAUUCUACCAUCGUCUUGGCAAGAACAAGUAUUUCCAGCAUUGUGCAAUUUAAUAUGUCAUAGUCCAAAUUUUAAAGUUCGUACAAAUGCUGCAUGGGCUUUAUAUUCGUGUAAUACUUAUGGUAAAUACACUCCAACGUUAUGGAAAAGUAUAGUUUUAGCUUUUGAAAAUUGUCAACACGUGCCAAGUUAUGUCGAAUAUUCUCAUCGUGAUACACUCGUUCAACAGUUGUGCCUUACACUAAGUCAUAUAGCUGCUCAUACAAAGGUAACUGAAUUGCAAAACGUUUGGGUAGAAAUUGGUGAUCAUAUCGAAAGUAUUUCCAACUAUAUUAAAAAGUUUCAGGAAAACAUAUUGCCAGAGAAAGUUGGUAAUAUAAUAGAAGCUAAAGCGCAUUUAGAAAAGUGUGUUAAAACUGCCAAAUCAUUGCAAGAGCAACAAAUAGCCAGUACUUUAGCCAAUUUAUUUGAUAGAACAAGUCUUUACGAUAAUCUAGAUAGUUUAAGUAUAAUGUAAAAAAAAGUAUCAUCGACGC